CACUGUUUGUACACCGCAGCCAAAGAAGAGACGACGCGUUGAGCUAUGAAGGUCAGCGAUACCUGAAAAGAGACCGCGGCCAGGCUGCUUAUCCAGCUGAUAUUUUCAAAAUGGCGGACAGAAUUCAAAAACUUCGCCGAAAGUCUUCAAACAAACAGCAUAAAGGUAGCAAAUCAAAACGUUUUGGCUUCAGGGCAUCGUGGAAUAAUGAACAGAAAGAAAUAAAGGAGGUGGAGGAGCGUUAUGAAAACGUUAUUGAAGCUCUAUGGAGACAAAAGUGGUCGUCAUUGGAUGGACUUGGUGCAUUAAUCAUAUCGCCAACAAGAGAACUGUAUUUUUAUUUGGAAUUGCUACAAGAGCAAGCAAGAAUCAACAAGACAAACAUUGUUGUCUGUACUCCUGGAAGACUACUACARCACAUGGAUGAAACACCAAACUUUGAAUGUAAUUCACUGCAAGUACUUGUGUUAGAUGAAGCAGAUAGGAUCCUAGACAUGGGCUUUGCAUCAACUCUUAAUGCCAUCAUUGAAAACUUACCCACWGAAAGACAGACUCUUCUGUUUUCAGCAACACAAACCAAGUCAGUCAAAGACUUAGCAAGACUUAGUUUACAGGAUCCUCAAUACAUUGCUGUUCAUGAGAAAUCCAAUACAAGCACACCACAGAGACUCACACAGAGCUAUGUGGUGUGUGAGCUUCCAGAGAAACUGAACUUCUUAUAUUCUUUUAUUCGUAAUCAUCUUAAGAGUAAAAUUCUUGUCUUUGCCUCAAGCUGUAAGCAGGUGAAAUACAUUUAUGAAAGUUUCCGUCGACUGCGUCCAGGAMUYCCUUUAAUGGCCCUGUAUGGUAAACAGAAGCAACUGAAAAGAGUGGGAAUCUACGAUGAGUUUUGUAAAAGGACAAAUUGUGUGCUGUUUGCUACUGACAUCGCAGCAAGAGGACUUGAUUUCCCAGCAGUCAAUUGGGUCAUACAACURGAUUGUCCUGAAGAUGCCAAUACUUACAUACACAGAGCUGGCAGAACUGCAAGAUAUCAAAAAGAUGGUCAGUCGCUUCUUGUUCUCCUUCCCUCUGAAGAACCAGAGAUGCUYAAGGCUCUUGAGGAGAAGAAAGUACCGAUCAACAUUAUCAAAUUUAUGAAGAAAGCAGAGAAAAAAUUUGGUAACCAGKCCACACCYAGCACAUCAAAGCAAGAUUCRAGUCUGUCUCWAGAUKUWGACAUUGGAGACAGYGAAUCCAGCGAAGAAGAAWCAGACACUGAAGAAGGYGAUAAGGAUAAGGGAUUGGGUACUACUUUCACAGGGGUUGAUGACACUGCUGACCAAGAUGACAGCGUGCUYUUCAUUAAGAGAAGAAAUGUUGAAGUAGAGCCCAUGCCCCUAGAACAAGAGGAAACGAAGGGAAGUUCCAAGAAAGAAAAAAACGUAGUAUCCAAAAUAAAACAUGUGAAAAAACUUGUGAACAAAAAAAUUAAGCUGAAUACUAAGAUAGUMUUUGAUGAUGAUGGAGAGGCCAUUGAAAGUAACAAUAACACAACGAAUCAAACGGAGACACAAAUGGACGACACUACAGAAGAACACAGUAUAGUCCCAGUCCCUCUCGACCAAGAGGAGAAGCGGGAGAUUGGCGGGAUAUCWGUGGAGGAAGCCAGAAGGCUGCUCCAACUCAAGGAUAAGAAAGACAGAGAACGGGAAAGAAAGAGAAUAAGAGACGAACACAAAAAGAAAAAACGGAAAGGAAAAGAGAAGAAAAAAGAAGAAAUGAGUAACGAGGUCCAAUUGGGACACGAUGGCGAAGACUCCGAUGAAGUGGAAGAUGAAGUUGUGGAGCAAGAACCRAAAUCUAAAAAGAGACGAAAGCGCCAUAACGAGCCAAGCGAAGACGAAACUGAUAAUAACAGAUCGUCGCUCAUGGAAGAUGAAGAGUUGGCGCUUCACUUCUUACAAGAAAGUAUAUUAUGAUGUUAUCCAACUCUCUAUGGGAUCCCUGUGGUGAGUUUCGAAUUGGGAUCCCUGUGCCAUGGCAUGAAGUUCAAUAUUUAAAUUCAAUGUUAUUGCUUGCRCAAUUCAAUAAAAUUUUGAUGACAUUGCAUU